GCAUGCCUUCUCUGCGUGGGCCUAUCGCCAUUGUGGCGCCGGCUCUGCUGGUGGAAACGGUCCACGCAGUACCAACCACACAUUUUGACCAAUUCUUCCCGUUUUGGAAUGAGAUGCUUCAAGAAAUCAUCCAUAAGAAUUGCUCAACAGAAUACACCGAAUACAAGGCAGGCAACAGACCGGAAGGCGCGACUCUGUCAUCGCUCAUCAGCCCAGUCAUCAGCUGCAUCUUCGAGACCCUACCCGAACACAGGAAGGCCGAGUUGGGCGCCAGCGCCGUCAUCCUGGGCCUGUUGCCAACAAUCCUGCAAAGUUUGGGCAGCACACCGCCUGAAACGGCGCUGCUCUCCGUGCGACGCCCCCUGCUCGCCACGCUGCUGGCUCUUGGAAGUCCAUCUGUUACGGCGAUGAAAACCAGUAACCUCAUGGAUAGCUUCAAGGAUUUGGUGGAAAAGGGUGACACCAGACCCACGACCAUUUCGGCUUUUCGCUGGAAUUAUGUAACAAAAAGGUGGAGGGUGGCUCUAAGUGCUGCAGAGUAUGUGGCCGCCAUCGUCUCAGCCGCCAACGUCGUUUAUCUCGCUUAUCAACUGGGUUCUCACGCGAUCGUCAUUUUCGCCCCAGAGACCAUUUUCAUGCUGCCGCUAUGGACUUUUAUUUGCAUCAUCAUCCAUUUCGGAGGCGUGUUGAUUUUGCACCUCAAGCUGCACGUCGACCACAAAGAAUCGCGCAACUCAAUUCGGCAACUAAUCCAUUCUGAACAGCACGACAGCCAUCGUUAUCCUCUGCUCCAGAAUGAAGAGCCCAAAUCCGGUGUUUUGUGCAGGAUCUCUACAACUUUCCGAGACGAUGUAAUCCCUGCUGCUUUUCAAAGACGCAAAAGGCUGCGGUGGCGCAAAGAGACCAUCCUCGUCAACUUCCUGAUCUGGGUACUCAGCAUGGGCACCCUGGCGAACCUCGUCUUUGGCAGCGUGAUUUUUUCCAGCCUACUUUUCUUCAGUGUCCGGGACGUUUUGCUCAUCGUGGGACGAUAUUUCAUAAGCGCACUAUUUUGUCGUGGCAUAGUGAGGCUUGAGUUGGCAGGCUUUAAGGAGUGUACCUUCUUUGAACAGGACGAGAGAUCCGAAGACCAGCAGACACAUGUGGAUAGCACUGAGCCAAUACCGCUCAAAGAUGUGUACCAGCAUCCCCAAAGGGAGGCUAGGCUUUGACAAGCCAAUACUUACGACGUACGGGGGACAUAAAAAAGAAUUACCGGUAAGUCUGAUGUCUGUUCGGCCGAAAAUUAACAUGCAUACUAUUUGUUAUAAGCUCAAAAUGUAUAUACAAAGCGCAC